AUGUCAUUUUCUACCUGUUCCUAUAUUCUAAUGGGCCAAAAUAUUUACCAAAUGCCUUCGUGUCUGCUUUCCAAUUCCAGAGAAAAAGGGCAAGAUAGUUGUUCAGCUAUGGCAAGCAUCACACCUUCGCCUGCCGCAGCCAUCUCUUCCUCGCCUAAACAUGACCUGACUUCAUCUUCUUUGCCUUCUGAUUCCCCCACUAAUUUAGCCACAAGCUCAAGCAUCGAGUAUCAAACACAGCCUACAACCUUAAAGAUGAACAAUUCAAGCUUUCUCCCCAGUAGAGAGACUGAUAACUCUGAAAACCCUGAAUCGAGUCGAAGCACCAAGAAAAUGAAAUUGAGAGACAACGAUUUGGAGGUUGGAACUGACGAUGGUCUUGUUAUGAUUGUUUCUUUGCAAACGGACACCAUAGAUUACAAGAAGGUGGUGAUAGAGGGGAAUGAAUCUGAAGCAGUAGCAGUACCAGCCUUCCAGGGGCAAUCUCAUUGACAAUAUUGAUGUGGAGGAUAGAGAUGUUGUGGUUUUGGACGAAGCCUUUUCGAGUGAUUGACCUAGAGAAUGAUUAAUUCUUCAAUUUUUGGAACAAGCUGAUUAUGUGCAUGCUUUGGUUAGUGGUCCCUGAGCAACACUGGGUCAUUGUUUAACAAACCAGCCAAAGGAUCCAGCUUCUUUUUUGAAUUAAAACUUGAUUGAAAAUUAUUUUUUAUAUAAA